AUGUUAUGUGGAGUGUUUCCCAUGGACGAUGAAAACGGAGACUCUGGCUCCAUGUCUGGCCACCAGCGACGAGAGGCGGACCGCCAGGAGCGGGCAUCUAUCGUAUCUACAGAGGACACGGCCGAGCCAGCGCGAGCCAGAUCGUCGGGCUGCCUGGUGUCGGACGUAGCCGCCGAGUCGGUAAUGUGGCUGGCUCACCGGCUGGGACCCGUGCUCACCUCGCGUCACCUGGCCAGGAACCUACUCAGGAUGCUGGCCGUCUGCUACUCGGACCCCGAGGCCCUCAAGCCGGCGCCGGAGCGACCUCAGGGUGUGUACAGUCGCAACAUUACCGGCGAUUCCAACUCGGAGAAGGUGCUGCUCUGCCUCUGCAGCAUUGCAGAGUUAUACGGCGAACAGCUGAUUCUGCACCAGUACCUGACGCAUGUGACUGAGGUGUGUGGCUCCGCCCACCGGCGUCUGACGUCAUCGGUGGAGUCGGCGCUGAUUGGCGGCCUGACGCUGCUGUUGCACGUGCUGCCCUACCUGAGUGACACGCUGCUCAUGGACCUGCUCCAGGAGUCUCUGCUGUCGGGUGUGUUCCAGCCCGUACUUCGAACGGUUGUCGACGGGGACCUUACUUUUCCAUCAGGGGCGGCCGGUCGGGCGGCCGUCACCUACCGCUGGCUGAGUCUGGUUGUCAUGGUAACGCACCGGAUCGGCCUGGAGAUGUCGCUGCAGUCGCUCGGGGGCGUCGUUAGCCACCUGGCGGCCAUGUUUCCAGCUGUGUUCAAACG